CAACAUGAAAGUAUAGCUUCGUUUAGCAUUGCUGGCCCACUUAAACAAAAGCGCAUGAUGUUGCAGCAUUUACAGCGCACGACAGAACGUCGUGUCACAAGCUCACAAUCUUGAAACAGCACCAUACUGAGAUACUCCAUAUGGACAAAGAGUGAUAAGCUAAAUCGAAAUUUACGGUUUUUUUGCUUGCCAUUAAAAUGAACUUCUGUAGGGUGAUGAACGUAUACGAGUCCUAGGCGCUUGCGUAAAGGUGGCAUUACUAGUUGGGAAAGAUGGUAUCAAUGUAUGGGCUUUUAGCGGCGGGAGCUAUGCUCCUUUCGAUGGCUGUCCCAAUCGUAGCUGCAGAGCAGUCCUCCAACUCACUUUCCUACCUAGAAGUUCCUCUGGGAAAAUACCGGCUGGAACACGAGGAAUGGCUAAGUUUCCUGCGGGAAAACAUGGAUCCCGACUUUGAGUACUGGCGCGCGCGGGCUCCACUUAAGUCCGCGGAUAUCCUUGCCUUGCACAACAAGACGCUUACGCGGAUGUACAUCCCAGCUGUUAUGCAGCUGGUGCUGAUAUACAACAACAAGGUCUACUGGCCCGCCAACCCCGACAUGCACAGGGGGGAGCCCAACCGCACGUGGUCCAGUUGGUAUAACGAGAUGUUCCACCGGCGGCUCGUCAAGGCCCUGGCCAGCGGGCGACUCAAGCUGCCCAACGCGCUUUUCCUGUACAACACGGAUGAUAACGCUCCCCGCUUUCAAGCCCCCUCCACGGAUCCCUCCGUGCCCAUGCUCAGCAUCAUCAAGUCGCUGGGGCUGCAGGGAGGGGACGACUUGGACAUCCUGGUGCCGCAGAUGUUCAACGUUCCCAACUCGCUCUACACCCACCCCUGGCACCUCAAGCAGGACAGGGCCUUCUUCCGCGGGAUUGGCUUCUGCUCCAAUUUGUGGCAAAAGCACUACGGUUUCGACGACGCCUGUGCUCGGCUGUACCUGUCGUAUCUGACCAUUAGAGAUCAGGAACUGGGCAACGGUACGGCACUGGAUGCGGCACUCGUGGAGAAAUACCCCUUCUUUGAGUCUCAUCCUAAAAAGUCCGUACCUUUCGCCCUUCCCAUACAACCUCGAGUUGAGUUUGGUGAGCAUACGAGGUACAAAUGGCUGCUGCACCUGGAGGGAAUAACGGCCAGCAAUCGGUUAGGACAGCUCUUCCUGGCCAACAGCGUGGUGCUCUUCCAGCGCUCGCCGUACAUCGAGUACUUUUACAGGUCGCUGCGCCCCUGGCAGCACUACGUGCCCUUCUGGAACGCAACCGCGGCGGAUGGAACCCCCCUGGGCAUGGAUGACGUGUACGGCACCCUGGCUGAGCUGCGGCGGUUGGAUCGGGAGCAACCGGAGCGGUUGCAAGAGAUGGUACGACACGCCAACAACUUCGCCAUCAAGUUCCUAACACCGUACGCCCGGUUCAGGUACUACAAUGCCGUACUAACGAACUACAGGAAGCUGUUUCCCGAUCACGACGCCUUUUUGGAGCAAUACGUGGCGGGCCUUCGGGCCAAGGGUUGGAAGAUUGAUUGAUAGGGUCUAUCAUAAAUAAGCUAACUGUUUGAUAAAUGCGUUCAUCAUACGUGGUGUUAAGGGAUAAACAAGUAGGGCAAAGUAAGGCAACAAUGGACCGUUGCAAACAGAGGGUGGGGCCGUUGCAAAGACAGAGAGGAACGCGGUGGCCAUAUCGUGAUCACCGCAACCAUGGUGUGGUCGGCCUGAAGAGCGUACGGGAGCUGUAAGCAGCGGUUGGUGGCAUGGCAGGCUGCACAGUGUUACACCUCUGAGUGCUCCCCCCAGGGUAAGCUGUAGGCUGCUGUUUGAGCUUCUGGCUGGGUGUUGAAGCGCAGAGCUGUUGGGUAGUCACCAGGGCCCUUCGAGGGGACUAAAUCUGUGACCCCGUUUGCCAUCCAUGACUGGGGACCGGUCGGGAUUUCGCCGUGCAUGACAAGUCCUCGUCGUUGACCGAAUGUUGACCGGUUCGGGUAGGGAAGUCUGGCUGGCGCAGCUUUUAGCUUAGUUGCACUUAUAGAAGGAGUAGGAGGUCAUUGGCUGCGUUAAACCUACUACCCUCAUGAAGCUCGUCACACCCUGGUAAAGGUAUACAGCCUGGACUUUGAUGUGGGUACCAGUAGCCCAAGCGCGUCUUGACUCCUUGCGGGGUGCUCCCGUCAGUGCUUCCGCGGCUCAAUCCAUCUAAUACAGGGG